AUGUCAAUUAAUCCUGUUUCGGCCCCUGCCGAAACUCGAGACGAAGGUAUGCAGGAUUCAUCUAAAGAUAACCUAGGCUUGUCACCACCCCCGCUGAACGGUGGCUCCGCCAUGGCUAUGUGCAGUGAUAAAACUCCUUCGAUGCCGGACGGAAUGAAACGGUACGUGGAACGAGCUUACAUCGCAGCUGAAACUGAUGAGGAGAAAAAUAAAGUAGAGUUAGUCUUAAAGCAAAAGCUUUUACCUCUUUUGCAGAGUGGAGCAGCUUGGAAAGUGAACUGGAAUGCAGAAUUGCUUCCUACAAUAAGGCUAGAUGACUCUCGAGUUGAAGCUAAUGAGGACAUGGAAAACGGGGUUUCGUCUGAAAUUUCUCUGCCACCUAAAAGAAGAGAUUCGAAAUUCACUUUCGAGUAUGCUGAUGCCGCAGAACAAGAAGAUGUGAAAAGAAAGCGGGCCCUCCGUUUUACGGAACAUUUGCGUCCACAGUUCAUUUCGAACACUGUUUCUUGUACAGGCAAAAUGUCUGACGAUGAACGCGUUGCGAAUGAUAGGGCACCGCACUUGUCUACCCCAGUUAUUGUAGGAACUUGUGAAGAUGUCGAAAAACCGUACCUUCGUUUAACGACGGCUCCACAUCCAAGUCAGGUAAGGCCGGAGCCGGUGUUAAGGAAGUCACUGGAACUGGUAAAAGAAAAGUGGAAAAGCAAGAGAGAUUAUUAUUCAGCCUGCGACCAGCUGAAGUCCAUCCGACAGGAUCUGACGAUCCAAUGUAUCCGCAACGCCUUCACGGUUGAAGUUUACGAAACGCAUGCCAGAAUUGCAGUUGAAAAAGGUGAUAAAGAAGAGUUCAAUCAGUGCCAGAACCAGCUUAAAUGCUUGUAUAAAGAUGUUCCUGGCUGUGCCUAUGAGUGCGAAUUUACGGCGUAUCGUCUCCUGUUCUACAUAUUUACGGCGAAUACCAUUGAUAUAAAUACCCUGCUUGCCAACCUUGCGGAAGAAGCGAAAAACGACGAAUGCAUAUCUUUUGCUUUGGAGGUGCUUCAUGCAUGGGCUUUAGAUAACUUCUGCAAGCUGUUCAGGCUUCAAAAGCGGGGCGCACCAAAAAUGUGUAGCUACCUGAUGGAUUUGUUUCUACCUCGGGAGCGGCGAAGAGCCGUAAAAACGCUGCUUACUGCGUAUCGUCCUUUCGUCACGGUUAAGUUCGUAACCAGUUUUUUGGGUUUCUCCAACGCUGAAGAUUGUCUUGAGUUCUUAACAAGUCUUUCCAUUCCUGUAGUUGAAGGAGCUAAAAUCGAUUGUAGAACGUGCUCCAAGCUUGAAAUUUGA